CGCAAUAUCACGUGAUUUCUCUCGAGCAGGCAUUUGCUGUAUCAUUCUCUCCUGGAUAGUCGAACGUGUUCUCGCUCUCUAGCUAAUCCAGUUUCAUUUUCAAGUCGAUCAUGGCUGUAAAGGCGCUUUGGGUUAUACAGCUAGCUUUAACUGCACUCUUGUUUGGACAUGUGGCAGCCAAUUUCAGUGAUUUACUGGCUGAUUGCAGUCGAGACAUGCAAUCGGAAGUGACGAAAUGUUUCUCCAACACCGGAAUUGAUUUAUCAAAGAUUGCUUCCACCAUGGCCAAUCCAGCACUACUUCAGGUCAUGACCAAAGAAUUCAAGGAGCUCUGCCAGAAUAAUAAGUUGACCUUGUUAGUUGACUGUGUAUUCAAUAAGAUAAAGACCACGUGUUCAAAAAAGGCAUACGAUUCCUGGACACAGUUAAUGAACAUCGAAGGAUUUAAAGAGGUGACGGGAUACAUUUGUGAUAAUAUUGAUGAGAUGACGGACCCUGCGGGUGAGACUUGCAUGGAAUCUGCUGAGCCAAUUCUCAAACCAUGUAUGGAAAACAAGGGUAAAGAAAUUGUCGAAAUGAUCAAGAAAUAUAAAGAGGGCUCCGAGCAGCGGGUAAUGGCAGAGAAGUGUUUAGCUUAUGGCACAAUAAGAUCCUGCAUGAAGCAAGCUCUGAAAAGCUGCAAAGGCAACGGAAAGCACAUCCUGAAGAUUCUGGAGAUGAUCAAUCCGCCGGCUUGCCAAAAAUACACACUAGCUGCCGGAAUGACCAAACCAAGUAUCAUGUUAGUCUUUCUGGCUGUCAUCAGUGCUGCUCUAGCUUACAUGUGGUAAAGAGAUUGUUCAUUUCAUCAGAGAGCUGUCUUUCUUAGCCCCUUCUUCAGUGGUCAGGUAUUUACCGGAGAAGAGGUUGAAGUCAGGUCAGUGUAGCUUCAUCCGUUCAUCAUCAUCGCACGGAGGAAGCUUCAGAGAAGUUGGCAUUAAAAUCUGCUACUGAGAUUCAAGGCAGCCUACUUUUGUGCAUGUCAGUAACAAAUAUCUAUCAUCGUAUACAUCAGACUAUCAUUUUCCUAUACAUUUGUAAUUUUUUAAUGGCUGGAGCCAACUACACCACACAAACAGGGAAUGAAAAAGCUUGCUUUCCGAGAGGUAGUCCUUUCUAAUAUGAAUCAGAUGUACACACAACUUGAAAUGAUGCUGAUGGUCACUUCUGGAUGUCCUUAUCAUGAUCAUAUCAUGACUGCUAGCAUGCUAGUUCAGGGAUAUACAGGUAAAUGGUACAUGUAUUCCGUAUCAUUAAUGUGAGGUAAUGUUUAAUGGAAAUUGUUUAAUCAUUUGAGUCGGUGGUUUGUUUAUUUUUUACCAUGCUUUACACUACAAUAAUGUACACUACAUUAUAAUAGGCAAACGAGUGUGACUGUAUAGGCGAGCUUAUUACAUACAUACUGUUAAUCCCUAGGUGACAGCUUACUACAACAGUGGCUUUCUAUAACCACUGGUGGCGGGUUAUACAACUACUAGUGUGAGCAAAUUCGUAUGCAUAACAACUGCACUACGGCAUUGUGUAUAACUGCAUUUCUAUUUUCCUGGACCACCAGUCAUUACGAACGGCGUACCCCUUUAAGGGUGUAGUAUACUAAUGUACAUUGUUAACAUAAAAAUAAUAACGGUCUUUGAAUACGCUCAGUAUAUUUUUAAAGCGAAACAGCAUCAGCGGGUAGAUGACUAUCGUUCUCGUCUACCUGCCACAAGUAAAGGUGAUGAAGGCAUCAGAUUCUCGAGUCAGCAGGAAGCAGGAUAUCUAACAAACAUAUGGUACAUAUUGGCGUUAACUUAUGUUCAGUUCCCCUUUCAUUAAAUUCCUUCAAGCAAAUAGUGCUUUUCAUUCAGGUAAAGGAGGACGGCUGUAAAAUGUUAGGUUUUGCUUUGAUAGACCUCAAGUAUCACGAAGCGCACUCGAGUGAAACAUGACAAGAGACCACGUGAAUCAGGCCUCAACGAACACCUUCGUGACAAAUAACAAGCAAACAGGCAACUGUGACAAUAGACCACGUGAAUCCUAUCCCGGCCAGUCCGGUGUGUAAGGGAUAGUAGUCCUAGGGCUGAUAGUCCGUGUAACAAUAGCCCGCAUUGCUAAAUGUUUUGGUUAGGGUUAGCGGUACAAUAGAUCAUGCUACUUAAUUGGUCAAAUACAAUGCUACCGGACUAUGACUCCAGGGGGACUAUAUCCGCUGUCACACCGGGUUUUUCGUGCCAUAACAUCAGAUAAUAAUGUUUAAAAGUUGUGCCAUAAGACAAUAUAACGUCCCAGUUUAGUAGCUGCUUCUUGAUAUCCGCGGAAGAACUAUAACCGGAUGCUGCCAUAUUUUGUAUUGUGUUGUUGAGAAUAACGUAUUUGGUUGACAUAACAAAUUAACGACAUCUGUUAUAACCAUUUUGUAAAUAAUGUUAAACAUUUGAUGUUUUAUAUUACUUAGAUCAGUACACGUGUAAUUAGAAAUAUACCUCAAAAAGGAAUUUUUCCAAUCAAGGUGAUGAUUAUGUGUCUGUUUAUAUAAAGAACGUAACUAUUGCAAAUAUUCGUUGUUCCACAUAAAUGUGAUGACAGUCAUUUGUAUAAAUAAGCAUUACUUCGACUUUUCGAUAGUAUAUUUAACAUUUAUAGGAUUUUCACCGCAGUAAGAAUGGUAAAAUUCCCCAGUUACAAGUAUGUUUCUAUCAUCAUGGAGGUCUUAAUAAUACCUCUAUGCUAUCAUAUGGGAUACUGCGAAUGUCUGAAAUCUAAACAACAAUACGUAAACCUGUGUUCUGGUAGAUCCGGUCAUGCUUUACCGGAUUUUGAUCGUUUCAAUAGUUCAGUAGGAUUUAGAUUCAGCACUCUCCUACCGGAGGAACCUCGAAACAAAAUCAGACUUGAUUUAUACGGUUGUUUUCACAUGUAACGCGUCAUGGUUCACUUUUCAUGUGUGACAUGAAGAACGAACAAGUCGUUUUCAAAGAGCGGGCUACAUACCAAUUACGAUGUCACUUUUCACCCUCACGUCGUGUUUUCAAGCCAUGGCAAGUGAAACAUGACAAGUGAUGACGUAGAUCCUGUAUAACUCCAGCCAUAGAAUCGGGCCUACACCAAAACUUGAACGUAGGCGUCGUUAUAUGCUUGUUAGAAAACACUAUACAUUGUCGCAGCAGACAUUGUCGUUAAAGAUGUAUAACUUCCAUGGUGAUAAUCUAAUUGUUGAUUAGGGUGUUCAAAGUUGAUGUAAGGGUCCAGAUAUUAUAUUAUUCCAGUAAUUGUUAUAUUAUUCAAGAUUUUCUGACGAAUUCAUUUCCUUCUCAACUUGGUCAGAAUAGGCUUAAGGGAUUCUGACCGACCUAGGAAAAUGUAAGGAAACGUGUAAACAAAAGCAAUGGUUCUGUUGCAACACCAGCAAGUGUUGAUUGAGCACGAUGUACGAUGUAAUACGUUUUUGACUAUGCGAUCAAUUUUGUUGCAUCACCUUUGGAAAUCACCUGUUAAGGUUAUUGAGUUACAUGUACAUACUUUAUUUGAAUCUGUUUUGAUAACUGGCCAAUUCUAACGAAGUUGAGAUGAUAGUUUAGAGUUAUGUGGUGUUUAGCUAAAGGUUGUGAUAGCGUUAAUCGGGAGCAUGUCAACAUUAUCUAGACUUAAAAACCGCUUAAAAAUGUGCUUAAAACACGACCCCCGGAAAGACGCCCGAGUUGGCAUCAACAGUUCAUCAGUAUCAAAUACCGACGAUGCCGAAUGUAUUCUUAAUCUUCUGGUAUGGUCUUUGAAUUAAAAGAGACGGACUCAUGAUGCCAUUCUCGCCAAUUCCCCAUUCUCGGGGUUUUUUUUGCUCCAAAAUAAUGUUGACAUGCUCUCUUUGCCUGUGUUAUCGGCGUUAGACCAGGGUCUUACUAGGAUUGAGCAACGAAGUCUUGACAAGUUGCACUUGAUUAAUGUAUCGACAGGUUUUGUUUUAAUAUAGAUUAAUGUUGCAUAG